UAAAAAGUAAAGAGAAGGGGGAGAGAGAGAGAGAGUGAAAGAAAACGAAGCCCAGCUUCUGCCGGUGCUGCUUGGAUUGGAUCUGGUUUGAGUUUCCUCUCUGCUGGCUUAUGCAGCAGGAGAGGAGGAGUGGGGGAAGUAACUUGCUCGCCGCCCUUCCUCUGGAGCUGAACAAACGUGCUGGGGACUGUGCCGGCGGCAGCUGCCCGGCUGCACUGCCUUGCAGCCUGUUGCUCUGAGUUACUAGAAAACUGCUUGGACUUCUCAAGAACCUGGAGGAGAAAGCCACCACUUUACAGACCCGCUUAGUUGCUCAGUGUCUGUAGACUUGACACGUUUUUGUUUUUGUUUUUCCUAGGGAAUUCUUUUUUUUUUACUACUUUUCUCCCGUCUUUCUCAGAACAGCAGCUCCUUGAGUGUGUGGCACUGAAAUCUGUUGCCUUAUUAACAACACUGGGAGAUAUUUUUUCCAAACGUUUCCCCCCCCUCUUUUCCUUAAAAAAGAAAAAAAAAAAAUCAAAAUCGAAGGAAAAAAUAUAAGCCUUCUGGGGGGAGGGGAGAUGAUCGUGCUGAUGUGGAAUAAGUGCUCCUGCUGCCUCCUCUUACUAGCCGCGGUCCUGAUCAUGGAGAGCUCCCAGCUAGACAGCUCCAGCUCCAAGGUGAACUCCAUCAAGUCCACCCUGAUGGGGGAGGCUCCAACUCAGGCAACCAACAGAUCCGCAGGCAUCCACCAGGGACUGAAGCUUGCUAGCAGUAAGAAGGGGAAAAUGCUAGAGCAGAUAAGAAAACCUCCCAAGCACUAUCACCGGCAAGGAGAGAUCUAUCCUUGCACCAAUGACAAGGAAUGUGAAGUUGGGCGGUACUGUCACAGUCCUCAUCAAGCAUCAUCUGCCUGCAUGUUGUGCCGGAGGAAGAAGAAACGGUGCCACAGAGAUGGCAUGUGCUGCCCGGGGAAUCGCUGCAACAACGGUAUUUGCGUACCAGUAACUGAAAACAUCCUCACACCUCACAUCCCUGCACUAGAGGGGCCACGCAACAAGAACAGUCAUUAUGCUAGCAAGGAUUUGGGAUGGCAAAACUUAGGGAGGGCGCAGUCCAAGCUGUCACACAUUAAAGGACAUGAAGGCGAUCCCUGCCUGCGGUCAUCAGACUGUAUUGAGGGAUACUGCUGUGCUCGCCAUUUCUGGACCAAAAUUUGCAAGCCUGUAUUGCAUCAGGGGGAGGUGUGCACCAAGCAGCGCAAGAAAGGCUCCCAUGGACUAGAGAUUUUCCAGAGAUGUGACUGUGCCAAAGGGCUGUCUUGCAAAGUAUGGAAAGAUGCAACCUCUUCUUCUAAAUCAAGACUUCACGUGUGUCAGAAAAUCUGAAGGGUAGAUAGUACUAAGUAUUAAGUGACUGGUUUUCUGUAUUUAAUGUGUUACAGUAUGCUGGGAAAUGAGGACUGCAUGUGAAAGAGGAAUGGCUAAAUUAACAAGGUAGGAGUAGAAAAAAGUCACAUCAAAUGCAUUUCUUUUUAAGCUGGUGGAAAACACCGGAGCAGCCAGAGAUUUCCCACUGUGCAGUAAAUAACUGUAAAUAACUCGUACAGUCUGUGGGAAAUGCUAAUAUGCAAAUAAGUACAGUGGAAAUUUAAUGCCAUUUACCUUGCUGUGUUGUCCCAUGAUGUUCCAGGGGCCAGUAUAAGGGCUGCAGUGAUUUUCCACCGUGGCAAUGCCUGCUAAAUAAAUUGUAUACAUUGUACUCCUAUAGGAAGCUGUGCAUUCCAGGAAGACUUGUCUGUCAACACAUUAUCAGUGACUAAAAUAUUAUACAUUGCAGGUGCGAGGGAUGGAAAUACAGUUACUGUGAAUCUCCAUACACUUGUCAUGCAGGGCUGACGCUUCAGCAAAGAAAGCAUGCUUGCAGGACUGCUACGAGAGUCCUGAAUUUUGUAGGCCCUCACAAAAAGGUGAGAACUUGCCACCUCAUCAUUUCAAGACAGCAAGCAGUUUCUCUAAUCAGAGUCAUUUAAACAGGGUUUUCUUUCUAUAUUUAGGCGAACUGAAAUGCUUUAUGUAGUUCAAUGUCAUAGUAGGGCACUUAAUCGCUUGUAUUUGUCUCGGUUUACUGCUAGUGUACAUUGGAUUGAACAGAUGGAACAAAUACAUGCAUGCUGAAUCCAGAAUUAUAUACAGGCAGUUGCUCAUUAGACCUAACUAUUCUUUCUUUUCCUAAACAUACCUGCAUUAUAGACAUUUCCAAAGAGAUAGUGGAGUGUUGAAUAUCUAACUAAUAUCUUAGUGUUAGAAAUUCAACACUAAGAGAUACGAAAUUGUGCCAGAAGAUGUAGGCGCUUGUUGGGGAAUUUAGAUUGUACUGCUAUAAACUCAAAGUUUUACUUUUCAGUAGUAGCAAUGGGCUACAGUUUGCUAUUAAUGCUAAAUCUGAUUGCAUUCUGCAAAUGGAUUUCUUUUUUAGCGGUAGCAAAGAAAAAGUUGGCACUUCCUCUCCUGCAGAAAACAAUGCAAGAAAAUAUGGUAGAGCCACAAAAGACUUAUUAUGCAUCAUGUGAUGAUGCAGCAUACCAGUUUCUGGCAUGUAUCUAACAUGAACUCGAUCUCUUCUAAAGGGAUCUUCUCCGGAUUUUUCUGUCAGGAAUUCUGGAAGUACCUGGACUAUGGAAACAACUCUGUGUUGUUUGUGUAGCAGUUAGAAGUUGAAGGAUGGAGAUUAUCCUUUUUUUUCCUCACAGUUCUUUUUAAACUUUUGUCCAUUUUACUUGUUCACAAGUAAUUCUUGUGUAUAGAUGUUGAUAAAGAGUCUGAUAUUUCUUUUAAGAAGUCUGGUUCUAUAACUGACCUACUGCUAAUCUGUAAUUACCCAUUUGUAAUUUACUUAGUUUCACAUUUUGUAACACACAAGACUUUUCUGUUUCAUCAGUUCUGAACAUAUAUACACCAAUACGUAGUUUUGAGACCAUGUCAUCCUGUACCUAAAACACUUUUUCCACUGAUACAUCUCUACCAGUGGUUGUUUUAAAGUUACACCUUAUGCACCCACUGAGGCUUAGAUUUCCUAAUAAGAAUACAUUGCCUUUAGACUUAAGAGUCUAAAAAAGAGAAAGGAAAGAAAAUUAAGAGUAAUUCACAAGUCUCUUACCUUACUGGAGUUAUUUUUUAAUUGCCAUAAGGGGUUCUGGGGUUUUUUAACAGUCUCAGUUAGACUUCAGUCUCACAGUCCUAUCAGCUCCGCUUUGGUUAUUUCAAAGGAGUUCUUGUACCUAAAACAGGAAUAAGGUUCAGAAAUAGCAUAAUUUCAAGAUAUUGAAAAAGCGCAGGAACCAAAUCUGUGUUAUUUACACUGACAGCACAUGCUCAGCAGAGGAGCUCUGUUGCCUUCAUUGCAAUUAUGUGUACAAGAAAGUGUAAUCCAAAUGGAGCUGUGGGGUCGCAGAAAUGGGCUCAGCAAUUUUGAGCUUUUAUCAUUAGCUUGACCCUCUCCCUUUUCCUCUUACAAAACACAGUUAUGUGUGAUAAUUUAUUUACAGGAAAUGUUUAAUGAGAUGUAUUUUCUUAUAGAGAUAUUUCUUACAAAAAGCUUUGUAGCAAAGUAUAUUUGCAGCCUGUUGACUUUUAAUGUAGAAAAAUGUAUAAUAAGAUUAAAUAUAUUAAAUGUCCUUUCCCAUUUCUCCACAAAUCUUUUACCCAUAUUCUUUUAUUUACCUGCUGCUUCAGAAGAUGAGUUCUUUCUGUCUGGAAGGAUGUGUGUGCUUUGGCUGUAGAAGUAAGAGCAUCCGCUCACCUCAUGGCACCAUGUAGGCUGAAUUGUGGUCAAACACAUAAAGGCCAGGUUACAAUGAUCACACUUCAUUUCCACCUAAACAUUUGAGUAUAAGAUUUGAAAGUAAUGCAUCUGGAUGCACUCCUUCAACUGGGCUUAAAAAGGAAAGAGCUCAGACACAGUCCCCAGAGCAGUACAAAUCUGAGACUCACAGUGGGUACGUCCGACAUUAAAAUUACAAUGGCAUUUUGCUGUACGUUACAGCAUACAAAUACAUUGCGGCAAGAUAAAAGCACUAGCAAAUCUGAAAUGGUAGAUAAGUAGUAUUCAGCUCUAAUAACAUGAAAUAAUCCAUACAACCCAACUGGAAGCAUCGCUACAAGAAACAGCCAAGUUUUGAGCCCAGGAAAACCCUUCCAGGUCUCAAUAACUAUUGCCAAAAAAAAGCUGUGGUUAUUGAGCAAUGGUCUCAAUAUUCUUGUUACUUGUUUCUGGGAAUCCUUUGCUCAAACAGAUGUACACUUGGAGAAUGAAAUGGUCCCCAGGUAGCAUUAGUGUUUGUAAAAAAUAAUAAGGUUUUGCUACUGUUGCUUACAGUCUUUGGUGGGUAGUCUUCCUUUGACCAUAUUAACACUUACAGCAA